CCUGUCCGCGUUCCUCCCAAAUCUCUCCCAAUCCUCAUCCCAUCGCCCUUAUCGGAUCCUUGCGAUGCAAACCCGAAGUGGGUUUUUCUACCCCAAACCCGAACUCGACGCCUCCGCCGUCAAGGGCAAGCGGAGAAGGGAAGAGCUGGGCUUAAAACAUUGUGGUGGUUUCCGCAGGAAAAAGAUCCGGCAGGUGGCGGCGCCGGUCGCCGGAGUCGAUUUCUUCGAUGGGUUGCCGGACGAUCUCGUGCUCUGUGUCCUCUGCAAGCUGAGCUCCUCUGCUCGUUGCCCCUCCGAUCUCGUCAACAUCCUCAUGACAUGCAAGAGAUUCAACGGAUUAGGGGUGAAUCCUAUGGUCCUGGCAAAAGCAUCGGCGAAAUCGCUGGCGGUUAGAGCUAAGAAUUGGUCGGAGCAAGCUCACCGCUUCCUGAAGCGCUGUGCAGAUUCCGGCAACCUCGAAGCCUGCUAUAUCCUCGGCAUGAUCAAAUUCUACUGCCUGCAAAAGAGGUGCUCAGUUUGUGGGCUUGUGAAUUACUGCUCCAGGGCGUGUCAGGCUCUUCACUGGAAGUAUGAGCAUAAGAAUGAGUGUAGGCCCAUGGACCGGUGGCUUGAGGAUCCAGCCCACGUUGAUGCUCAGCCAGGCGGCGAUGCGGGCGGCGAUGUAAAUUAGGAGAAAGAGAGGUCUGUUCUUGUAAUUUUCCCUUUUUUUUUAAGAUGUAUUUUUGAUUAAUUUAAUUAGGUUUUUCUUCUUUUAUUUUUUUUCGGGUUCGGUUCUCCUGGGUCAUGUACAGUUUCCGUCGUGUUACUUUUUGGUUGAAAUUUAUAUCAAUGAGUUUUUUUGAGAU